ACCCACUUGGCCUGUGUCUGCCAUACCCUAGCAUACAAAAAAGAGAAAAGAGGGAGAAAGAGAGGGAGAGAGCGAGAGAGAAAUGGCAGAGUACAACGGACGAUACGACGGCGAUGGCAAAGGCUACGGCGGGAAUUCCGAAGAUCACAGCGACUCCAAAUCUCAGCAUGGUUCUCGUGAAUAUGAAAGGGAUUCUGGUAAAAGCAGAGAUAGGGAAAGAGAAAAGGAGAAGGAGAAGGACAGAGAAAGGGACAUGGACAGGGACAGGGAUAGGGAAAGAGAUCGUGAUCGUCAUCGUUCAGACCACUACAGGGACAGGAGUGAUAGAAGGGGAAGGGGGCGUGAUAGACUUGAUAAUCGUGAUUAUCACCGGAGUCGAGAUCAUGAGAGGCGUAGAGAUUUUGACAGAGACAGAGAUGGGCGGCAUGGACAUAGAUCUCAAUCUCGUUCGACGGGUAAAUCUGAUCAUAGAUCAAAGUCCCGCUCUCGCUCACGAUCAAAAAGCAAAAGGGUCAGUGGUUUCGACAUGGCUCCUCCUGGGUCUGCAAUGAUGGCUGGUGCUGGUGCUGCUGUCGCUGCCGCUGCCGCUGCUGCAGGUCAGCUAACUGGGGCCCCACCAUCCAUCCCUGGAAUGUUUCCAAACAUGUUUCCGUUAGGAGGUGGACAGCAGUUCGGAGCCCUCCCUGUGAUGCCAGUCCAGGCAAUGACUCAGCAGGCUACCCGACAUGCUCGACGUGUAUAUGUUGGUGGUCUUUCUCCUGCGGCUAAUGAACAGUCUGUUGCAACUUUUUUCAGCCAGGUUAUGGCUGCCAUCGGAGGAAACACUGCUGGACCAGGUGAUGCUGUUGUCAAUGUUUAUAUAAACCAUGAAAAGAAAUUUGCAUUUGUGGAGAUGAGGUCUGUUGAAGAAGCAAGUAAUGCUAUGGCCUUGGACGGGAUCAUUUUUGAGGGGGCACCGGUAAAGGUGAGGAGGCCUAGUGAUUACAACCCCUCCCUUGCUGCAGCACUUGGCCCAAGCCAACCCAACCCCAAUCUCAACUUGGCUGCUGUUGGGCUCAAGCCUGGUUCUGCUGGUGGACUUGAGGGACCUGAUCGGGUCUUUGUGGGUGGGUUGCCAUAUUACUUCACGGAAGCCCAGAUAAGGGAGCUUCUGGAAUCCUUUGGACCACUACGGGGAUUUGAUCUCGUCAAGGACAGAGAAACGGGAAACUCAAAAGGCUAUGCCUUUUGUGUGUACCAGGACCUUUCAGUUACAGACAUUGCAUGCGCAGCUCUUAAUGGCAUCAAAAUGGGGGAUAAGACGCUCACGGUUCGGCGUGCAAACCAGGGUACUGUCCAGCCUAGGCCAGAGCAAGAGAACAUAUUAUUCCAGGCACAGCAGCAGGUUGCGUUGCAGAGGCUUGUUUUUCAAGCGGGCUCCCUCCCCACCAAGGUUAUAUGCUUAACACAGGUGGUUACUGCGGAUGAGUUAAGGGAUGAUGAGGAAUAUGAAGAAAUAAUGGAAGAUAUGAGAGGAGAAGGUGGGAGAUACGGUACGCUAGUAAAUGUUGUCAUCCCACGUCCAAUUCCAACCGGCGAACCGUCUCCAGGAGUUGGGAAGGUAUUCUUGGAAUAUGCCGACACUGAUGGAGCCAUGAAAGCUCGGGAAGGACUGAAUGGGAGGAAGUUCGGUGGGAAUAUCGUCGUAGCUGUCUUUUAUCCCGAGGACAAGUUCCAGCAAGGGGAUUAUGAUGGUUAGCGUCUUCUCCACUCGCUGCCUCUUUUGUAUCAUAGGAUUUUUUUGGGCACUGAAAGGCCUUCCCUUAAAAUUUUCAGGAAUCCCGACUUUUGUAAGAUUUAUUCUGGCAUUACGUCUUUUUUUCCCCUCCUGAGUAAUGAAAAUAACAAGUUUCUCAUUUAA